UCCAAUAUUGUCAUCAAAGUAAUGAUGAAGUUCAAGUUCCUCAAAUCAGUUGCAGUUUUGGAAAAUUCUUCUACUUUACUCCUCACUCCGGGCCCAGCCAGCUCCUGCUGUUCAAAAUGCAUCAAUUGCUCCACAAAUUGUAGAAUGUUUAGUUGCUACACCUCCUAAGCCACCUAAAAAUAUUAUGAGAUGUCACUCUUCACCAGCUGUGCUACGCAUAGAAAAUUCACAAUCUCCACAUUUGUUAUUUAAGACUAAGACUACCCCAGCUGCAGUUUCUAUGAGCAAUGCAAUCCUUGGUAGUUCUCUUACUGUAACUAGAUCUAGCAGGCAGAUUCCUCUUUCACGGGAUUUAACACCUGCUGAAUAUUUGACUCCUGCAGCUGAAGAGCAAAGCCCUAACACUCUGCUAUUGCCCAAAAAACACUCACCUGAUUUUGACGCAAGAAGUGUAAAAGCCUUUUAUCAUGUGAGUGAAGACCCUAAGAUUCCUCAAGGAUACUGCAUCAUAAUCAACAACAACACUCAGAAGUAUGAUGAUCAAACAAUGAAAGAAAUGAGAGAGGUGUUAUCAAAUCGGCUUGGAUUUCACGUACAAGUAUACAGUUCUUUAACCCAUAAAGGAAUAAAGCACCUUCUAUAAAGACAGUAGCCACAGUUGAUCACUCUGACCAGUACUGUUUUGUAGUCAUUGUUCUUAGCAAGGGAGAAAGAGAGAAGGUGA